UCCGGGAGCCAGCGGGGAAGAAAGAAGCCGAGCGGGCGGAAGGCGCCCUCCCCGCCGCCUGGGCCCGGGCACCGGGUGCCGGGCCCGGGGUCCUUCCCGCCUCCCGCGGCCGCCGGCCGCUUUGUUUCCCCAGCCUCUGCGCCCUGGUCUACUCGAGAGGGGCUCCCGCCGGGGCUGCGCAGGGAACGCGGCGGCAGGAAGGGCGGCCGACCGCGCCGGGACUCGCAGGGACCCAGGAGUCCGGCCGCCGGGAGGGCCGCGUGACGAGAUCGAGGAGGGAGCCAGAGCUCCGCGGCCCCGGGUUGCGGGCCGGGGGCGCCCGUGAGCAGAGACCUCCCCGUCGAGGGGGGGCGAUGUUCCCCUCGCCCGUGGGCUCUUCGGGCAGCCCGGGCACACCGCCGCUGGGACCAGGGCCCCCGCAGUGGGCGCCCCCCCGGGCGGUUCCAUGGAAACUCUGUGCCCCGCUCCCCGCCUCGCAGUGCCGGCGUCCCCGCGAGGGUCGCCCUGCUCCCCGACACCCCGGAAGCCGCGUCGGGGGACCCAGGAGUUCUCUCCGCUGUGCCUGCGUGCCCUUGCCUUCUGCGCCCUUGCCAAACCUCGGGCGUCCUCUCUGGACCUGGGGCCUGGGGAGCUGGCGCCGCGGGGCCCGGUGCUGCUGGGCCCUCGCGCCCCCCUGUGCACCGGCGGCUGGGCCCCGGAUGGCCUGAAGCACCUCGCGGGACCCGCCGGGCGGUCCAGCGAUCCGGACUCCCCGGCCGGUCAGGAUGCCGCCGCCGCAGUGUGCCGCGGCCGUGGCGAGGAGGAAGAGGGCGGAGGCGGUUUCCCGCACUUGGGCUCUCGCUCCGGCGUACCUCCCGGCCGCUGCCCGGCGCCCCGGCGCCCUCGGGAAUCUCCGACCAGCUCCGCCUCCGCUCCGCCUCAGCCAGCCUCGGGUCUCGACUCCCAGCCCGGCCCCGCCGCCAGCCCCCGUCAGGAGCCCGGUUCCCCGCCUCCGCCGCCACCUGCGGGCCUCGCCACCGAGCCCGCGGGUCCCGGGGCCGCGCCGGAGCCGCCCGCGCCGGGCCAGACGGCCGCAGUCGAUGGAAACGCCCCGCAGGCCGCCCCGGAGGCACCGGCCGCUAGCCCCUCGACGGCCGCGCCCGGCGAUCUGCGCCAGGAACAUUUCGAUCGUCUGAUCCGCCGGUCGAAACUUUGGUGUUACGCGAAGGGCUUCGCCCUCGACACUCCGAGUUUGCGCCGGGGCCCGGAGCGGCCGCCUGCGAAAGGGCCCGCCCGGGGAACCGCCAAGAAACGCCGACGGCCGCCGCCCCCCCAUCGCAGCGCACAGCCCCGCCGCCCUGCACCGACGCUCCCCACCUCCAGCACCUUCAGCCUCCUCGACUCCUUCCCCUGCCCCCCGGCCCUGGUGGUGGGGGAGGACGGAGACUUAGGGCCGGCAUCCUCGCUUCGCCUGCAGGGAGACGCUAAGCCCCCGCCUGCCCACCCGCUGUGGAGGUGGCAGAUAGGGGGUCCUGCUGUCCCUGAGCCCCCAGGCCUCAAAUUCUGGGGGAUCAACCUGGAGGAACUUUGAGCCUGAGACCUCUUCUGCCAAGGGGGAAAGUUUGGGGCCACGGCCAAGCUUUGGGCCCCAGGAUAGGGCCUCGUUUCUCACAUUUUGCCUGUUCCUUUACGUUUUAUGGGCUGCGGUCAGAGGGACCUCAAGUGACAGUGAUCUUCAAGCACCUAAGUGUUUGGGGUGACACCCCCUCCCCCUCAUCCUUUGGAGACGAACCAAGGGCUGCAGUCAGGAGAAGGCUUAACGGAAAAAGGCUUAAUGACAUAGAUUCCAAUCCCUCCCCUCUUCCAUCUCGGAUCUCUGGGGGCAGGGCCUUCACCCCAGGGGGAGUAAAGGAGGCUACCGCUCAAAGACCAGGAAAAAAAAGAGGGAGAGACCUUGGUGAUGGACAAACCGGUUGUUUCUGUGGGCGAGCCAGGGGUGGAGGGGGCCGUCGUGGGGGUGGGGAGGUGAUUGGCAGCUCCCUGGGGGCAUCCCCCACCCCCACCAUCCAGGCCUUUAACCCUUCACUCCCCUCCGGCCUUCCCCUGCACUCCGAGCCCCGCCUGAGCCUUCAUGGGGGAGGGGACAGCCUGAGCUAGGGGCAGAUCACUCCCUCCCUCUUUUCCCGGGCCCUCUCCCCUGACCAAGGCAGGUGACCCCUAAUUGGUGAUGUCUUCAGUCUCAGCCACCAGCCUUUCCCCUUUUGUCCGCUUUUUGAAGUUUCUCCCUUUUAAUUUUUCCUGUUUGCUUUCAGUUUAAAAGGUCCGAUGGGUAAAAGAGGUCCUCCUCCUGGAUCCAUCAGCCCCCUCCCCCAGUUUGCUUCUCUGGUUUGUAGUGGACCGCCGGGGGACCGCCUCCCCUCCAAAGGCGCAGACCUUGCCUGGGGAAAGGGCCGGGGAUGGUCCCAGGGAAAGUAAUAGAAGGUGGAAGAGUCAAUAAAAUCAGACCAAACAAGUUGCCUUUCGAGGUCCUCUCUACCGAUUUAUGCAUGAGAGAGGGUGGAGGUAGAGGGCAGGCCUGGGUCCAGGCUUUGGACACCCAAAACUCAGCCCCCUCGAAGGCUGGAGGUGAGGCCAGCUGCUCCUUACAGAAGGGGUAAAUUGAGGAGUUCUUGCCCUAACCUCCAGGGUCCCGCGGGGCCUGAAGGAGCGGAGUUUGAGUUUGAAUGGGAGCUGGGCUAGUUGUCUGCAGUUUCCUUCCCUAACUCCAGGCAUUUCGGGAGUUGUCAGGGACCUGAUGGAUCCGAUGGGGGCAGGGCUAGGGGAUUAGUUUUGAGGUCAGAGGUGCUGUUUUCCAGGGGGGGAGGGGAGUGGUAGGCCUGGACCCCGCCCGGCUGCUGCUGGGACGACCCCCUAGAGUUUGAGAGGGCUGAACUGGCCCUCUCCUCCACCCAGGUGAGGUCAGGGGAGGUUAGCUCUUAGGGAGACUCCUUAGGUGUGAGGGGAACCUGGGGGUGACAGAUCUGCCCGCCAAGUGAGGGACCCAGUGACCCUUCUGCCCACACUAGUGAAUAGCACCCCCUUGCCCCCCCCCAAAACGGGGUGAGGGAGGAACAGUUCCCACGUUCGAUACUGGGGAAGGACUUGUCUCCUUUUCUGUGAAAAUGCUUUGUAAAAAGUUGUUAUUGUUUGCAUAGAGCAGAUUCUCAAGAAAAACUGUUUGGGGCCACAAAAAUUUUGUUUGUU